UUGCAGUGUGGCAAAUAGUAGUAUAUAUAGAGUUUAGAAGUCUAGGUCUGCCUACAGGAGAAAAUUAGUUGAAUAAUUACGAUAAAAAUGCACACGAUUAAGCUCUUUCUUUUUAUUGUUCCUCUAGUUAUUUCUUCCAAAAUUGACCAAGACUAUUCAUCAUAUGAUUCUAUGUCUCCAGAGCCAAAAUCAAGAUUUGCUAUGUUAGAUGAUGUAAAAAUUUUAGCCAAUGGCCUCCUUCAGUUAGGACAUGGUCUUAAAGACUUUGUCCAUAAGACUAAGGGCCAAAUUAAUGACAUAUUUCAAAAACUCAACAUAUUUGAUCAGUCUUUUUAUGACCUAUCACUGCAAACCAAUGAAAUCAAAGAAGAAGAAAAGGAACUUAGAAGAACUACAUCCAAACUACAAGUUAAGAAUGAAGAAGUAAAGAAUAUGUCACUUGAACUCACCUCAAAACUUGAAAGCCUCCUAGAAGAAAAAAAUCUACUUCAACAAAAAGUGAAAUAUUUGGAGAAGCAAUUAACCAGUUUAACUAAAAAUCAACCUGAAAUCCAGGAACACCCAGAAAUAACUUCACUUAAAAAUUUUGUAGAACAGCAAGAUAACAGCAUCAAAGACCUUCUCCAGACCGUGGAGGAACAAUACAGACAAUUAAAUCAACAGCAUAGUCAAAUAAAAGAAAUAGAAAACCAGCUAAGAAGAACUGGUGUUCAAGAAUCCACAGAAAAUUCUCUUUCUUCUAAACCAAGGGCACCAAGAACUACCCCUUUUCUUCACUUGAAUGAAACAAAAAUUGUAGAACAUGAUGACAUUCCUGCUAAUUGUACCACCAUUUAUAACAGAGGUGAACAUACAAGUGGCAUCUACUCCAUUAGACCCAGCAACUCUCAAGCUUUUAAUGUCUACUGUGAUGUUAAAUCAGGUAGUUCAUGGACAGUGAUUCAACACCGAAUAGAUGGAUCACAAAACUUCAAUGAAACUUGGGAAAACUACAGAUAUGGUUUUGGGAGGCUUGACGGAGAAUUUUGGUUGGGUCUAGAGAAGAUAUAUUCCAUAGUAAAGCAAUCUAAUUACGUCUUACGAAUUGAACUAGAAGACUGGAAAGACAACAAGCAUUAUAUCGAAUAUUCCUUUCACUUGGGGGAUCAUGAAACCAACUAUACAUUACACCUAGUUGAGAUUACUGGCAAUGUCCCCAACGCACUCCCGGAACACAAAGAUUUGGCAUUUUCUACUUGGGAUCAUAAAGCAAAAGGACAUGUCAACUGUCCAGAAAGUUAUUCAGGAGGCUGGUGGUGUCACGAUGUAUGUGGGGAAAACAACCUGAAUGGUAAAUAUAACAAGCCAAGAGCAAAAACUAAGCCAGAGAGGAGAAGAGGAAUAUACUGGAAGUCUCAAAAUGGAAGGUUGUACUCUAUCAAAUCAACUAAAAUGUUGAUCCAUCCAACAGAUUCAGAAAGCUCUGAAUGAACUGAGACAAAUUAAAGAGCCAACAAAUCAAACAUUAAAUUCAUCUGAAAUUACUGUGGUUUAAUAAUCUGAUAUUAAAUCCCUAACACAAGGAUUCAGAAAUAGACUCUUAUUUUAAAGCCACUAUCAACUUGAAAGUAAACAUACCAUCAAAUCACCUCAAAGAACACCAUUUAUCUUUCCCAAUCAAAAUUCUUAUAUCAUUUAUACAUAUAUUUUGUGAUAUGAGUAUCAGUUUUAUAUAGUCACAAUCCAAAUUUUAACCAAUGGGUGAAUUUUUAAGUAAUUUUUUUAAAAUAAAAAACUUACAAGGACUUUUAUUUUAAAAGGCAUCAUGUAAGCUAAUUUUACAACUUCCUCAGUUAAAAAAAUUUUCUUGCCAAAAUUCUGAACUUGAAUAAAUAUAAAGGACUGAUAGUUCCUAGAUUC